GGUUUUAAGGAUGCCUGCGUCUCCAAACGGAUUUGGUCACUACUUUAUGGACAGAAACGUCUCCAUGCCUGGUGGAUAUCAGAUGCUGGGCUGUGCUCCAGGGGUACAGCAGCCUCCUCCUCACCUUGCUGCCAUGGCCGGGAUGCCUCUGCCUUUUUCAGGAAUACCGGGAUACACUUUCAUUCCGUUCCCACAUGCUGGAAACAUGUCACAUAUGGGGAGCUCUUAUGAAUUGAAAACCGCAUCCCCAUAUCACCAGGCUCUGCUGAGCCGAGGAGGUGCGUAUUUCUCUCCGUACAGACCGGUGGUGGCGGAUGAACCAGGACGCGUAGCCAAAGUAGCGAGCAGGGAGAGCACCGGCGCGCUGAAAGCCUGGCUCAGCGAGCACCUGAAGAACCCAUACCCCACUAAGGGCGAGAAGAUCAUGCUGGCCAUCGUCACCAAGAUGAGCCUGACGCAAGUGUCGACCUGGUUCGCCAACGCGCGCCGACGCCUCAAAAAGGAGAACCGCGUCAGCUGGGCGUCCAAAGCCAAGAGCGACGAGGAUGAAGAGGCUGAUGAUAGUGAGGUAGAAGAAGAUGAUGAAGAAGAUGGCUCUUCACAGAAAGAUCGAUGCUCGGACGAUGAGGUGGACAUCGAUACACACAUUGUUGAUGUUGAGGAGGAGUUGAGCGCAGCGGAGAGCGAGUCUCUGCGCCCGGCUGAACAGCGUCUAACGGAAAGGCUCGAACAGCCCGAUGAUGGUGACACUCCCAACUCCACUGCCGUUACUACCGGAAACAGUGAGGCUGAGUGUGAAUCGGCGAAUAAGGAGUGUAAAGAAAGUGUUAAUGGACAGAAACCAAAAAUCUGGUCUCUGGCAGAAACAGCCACUUCCGAAACUCCUGUAAAGAAGAACAAUGAGCAUUGCCAAGAUUUUAGCAAAUGGUGGGCAAACUGGCCGUCCAGAAACAGCUUCUUCCCUGCAAGCUACUCUGCACACUUCCUGCCACAAAGUUAGUUAAACUGUUGAUGCAACUCAUGCAAGGCAGAUGUUUGCACUUUCGGACUGUUCUGAU